AUGAUCUACUCCCACAUGUCAAGAGUGAGGAGUCUUGAAAAUUAAUUUAUAGUUGCCUUUAUAUAAAGGAAAGUUACCAACUCCUUGUGGAGCUUUUUCAGCAAGCAUAUACUCUUCUUCCCUUCAAAUCUUCUCAAGUUUCUCAUCUUCUCCCAAACUCAACUCUUUUUAUCUUCACUUACCCUGUGAACUUCAAUACCUCUACAUAUAUGAUAUAUCCAUAAUUCAAAAACAUAAUUCUUCCUCUUUACUACUACUAGUCUGGAGAAACUCUUAAAGAUUUAUUUUGUUUUACUUUUUAUAUGUAGAAACAUACAACUUUCAUUGCAGGCUUGCAGCCAUAUACUAACCAUACUAUGUGCUCAGAGAUGUUGCCCUUGAUCACGAGUCCUCGGAUAUCUUUCUCUCAUGAUCUUAACAUUGAAGAAGAUGAUGAACAAGUAGAAGUCAAAAUGGAAGAAGAUCAGGAAGAUUCUUCAUCAAUGGAUGUCUCAGAUAUUCUUGAUAAUGAUCAUGAAGGCCAGCUUUUUGAUUUUUCAUUCAGUGAUAGCUUCACAUUUGAACCAUCUUCCUCAUCAGCAGAUGAACUUUUCUCCGAUGGCCUAAUUCGACCUCUUCAACUGGAAGAAAAAUUUGUCACCACUUCAAAACAUGCCUCAGUACCUCCUACACUCUCUCAACAUUCUUCAACUAAUGAUGAUCCAUCUUUGCUGAAAGAUGCCAAUGUCGUCGCAACCAUGAGUACUACUGCAAAUGUCGUCGAAUCAUCAGAGCACAAGAAUCAGAACCAGGCUAAUAGCAAGUCUUUUUGGAAGAUCAACAGAAGUAGUAGUGUGCAUGUUGAUGAGGACUCCUACAAAAAGAGCUCAUUUUGGUCAUUACCACUUAUGCUGAGAAGCAAUUCUACUGGAUCUGCACCAAGCCCUCGACAAAUGUCAAAGGAGAAUAAGAAGCACAACAUGCAGAAGCAACUGAAGUGUUCAACAGCAUCAUCUUCUAGCUUUUACAUGUAUCAGCUGUCUCAGAAGCCUCCUCUUAAGAGGAAUCAUGGAGGGUCUUAUGGUAAUAAUGGAGUUUUCACUAAUCCAGUGCUCAAUGUUCCUCCACCUUAUAUUGGCAAAGGAACUGGAAAUCUCUUUGGAAUCACUUCUUUGUUCAAGGAAAAGAAAGAUAAGAAGAUCAAGAAAUGAUUGUGGCUUCAAACUUUUUAUUUAUUUAUUUUUUGUAAUUUUUCCAAUUUUUUUUUUCUGGAGUUGUGUUAACUUAUCAUGAGUUAUGGAUCUAAUUUUUUAUUUUUCUUUAUAUGUGUGAAUAGAAUGAUUUGUAGUUGUGAUUGGUGUAAAUUUAAAGCAAGUUGGUAUUGGAGGAAAAAAAUGAAGAAUUAUGAGGCACUGCUUUAAUUGUGUGCAUCACA